AUGGAAAUUCUGCCCGAACAGCCAGCAGUAUUACCCUACAGGCCCAGAAGGAUGGACCCCAAUCCAUUCCCUUCACCUGCAAGAGGAAGGAGAGGCAGAGGGGGAAACUACCCCUAUGCUAACAAUGACAGGAACAGGCAGGGGGCAAACUGGAGGAACCACCCAGUUUUGGAAGAACCGGAGGAACACAAGGAAGAAGUUCUGCCUAGGCCAUAUGGGGCAGAACCCCGAAUUAAUUAUGCCCAGCCAGAACAGGGACAAAAUCUCCUACCUGUUAAUGCUUUAAAUGAUGUGGGGGCAUUGCAAAGGAUGAUCAGGGAAAUGAUGGAGCCUGAGGCCAGGAGGGGAGAAAGACCCACCUAUAGAAAGCCAUACCCACCUUACAUUGAUCAGAUACCUUUGUCCCCAGGUUUUAAAGUGCCAAACUUCACUUUAUUCAACGGAGAGGAUCCUCAUGCUUCAUCAGUCGAACACGUAGGCAGAUUUUCUAUCCAAUGCAUAGCCAUAGAGAAUAACCCACUGUUAAAGCUAAGACUUUUCGGGAAUUCUCUCUCUGGACAAGCUUUCACUUGGAUUCAGCCAGAAGUCACCAUCAAUGACCUUGCUGCCCUCAAACAAAAUGAAGACGAACCUGCCCUAGACUUUAUAAACAAGUUCAGGAAGCUCAAAAUGAAGUGCCGAAUCCCCAUGGAACAAAGACACUUCAUCCAAAUGGCCCAAGCUGCCCUCAAGAUUUCUCUGAGAAAAAGAUUUGAUGGGAUGCUGUUUGGAGAUCUGGCAGAACUGGCAGAUAAAGCGUCCAAGUACAAGGAAUUGCUCAGGGAAGAACAGCAGAAGAGAAACUCUUCCAAAGGCACGUAUUAUAAAUCCCCUUCUUCCUCAAUACAUAUGAUUGAAGUUGAGUCAGAAGAAGAUAUAGAGGGAUCGGAGGAGGGAGAGGUUGCAGUGGCGGAAAUGGCAAAAUUAAAACAUCCCAUCAGUUGUAAGACUCUUACAAAGCCUCCAAGGGAUCAGAAGCCGCUACCAUUCACAGGAGGGUUUGUUCCAAACAAACCAAUGCAGAACAAGGUGUAUUCCUUUGAUCUGACCAAAGUAGAUGCCUUGUUCGAUGAAAUGUUGCUGCAGAAAGCAAUAGAGACACCUCACAGAAUGCCCAAACCAGAAGAACUCAAGGGCAGACAGUAUUGCAGAUGGCACAAUUCUUGGAAUCAUUCUACCAAUAGUUGUGUUGUUUUCAGAGAUGUCAUACAGGAAGGGAUAACAGCAGGAAGGCUAAAGCUGGCAGAAAAACCUCCAUCCGUCACCACCCCGCCACAAGUUAAUAUGUUCAACCUAAAUUAG